ACGCUUCGAUUAUCGAUUGAAACGUUACGUUUCUUGAGUUCGUACGUUGGAUCUCAUUUAUGUGAAUACAGUGACUGUGGAUGUUCGUGGAAUGAGUUCCUCACAGUAGGCCAGUUGGCUGACAUCUCUAGUUCGUUGUCCGUGCGCGAUCGCGAGUUUUGGAAAAAUGCGGUGAAAUUCGAUGUAUAACAACGUGCCUUCGUGAAAUCGGCCAUUUUGAUAGUGCGUGUUUCACGAAAACGGAUAAGAUCAUUUCUAGCAACUACCUUCGACGGUUGUGCGUGGAAGUGGUGGCAGCUCGGUGUCGACCACAGAACACAGCCGUAAAACUAAAAACGAUAGUGGUUUUGGGCUAGUAAGAAAAUAGCCUCAACAAAAUGGCAGGAAAUACGGGUAUGGAACAAUUAAUCCCAAUCGUGAACAAGCUCCAGGAUGCAUUCACUCAACUUGGGGUGCAUAUGCAACUUGAUCUACCACAGAUCGCAGUGGUAGGUGGUCAGAGUGCAGGAAAAAGUUCAGUUCUUGAAAAUUUUGUUGGAAAGGAUUUCUUACCUAGAGGAUCUGGUAUUGUAACCAGACGACCACUUAUCUUACAACUGAUUAAUAGUACAACUGAAUAUGCUGAAUUCUUGCAUUGUAAGGGUAAAAAGUUUGUGGAUUUUGAUGAAGUACGGAAGGAAAUCGAAGCAGAAACAGACAGAGUUACAGGCAGUAACAAGGGUAUUUCUAAUAUACCAAUAAAUUUAAGAGUAUAUUCACCUAAUGUUCUAAAUUUGACAUUGAUUGAUUUACCUGGCCUCACGAAAGUACCAAUUGGAGAUCAACCAAUAGAUAUAGAAUCACAAAUUAAAGCUAUGAUCUUUCAGUUUAUUAAAAGAGAAAAUUGUCUCAUAUUGGCAGUAACACCAGCAAAUACUGAUUUGGCAAAUAGUGAUGCCCUUAAACUAGCUAAAGAAGUAGAUCCUCAAGGUGUUCGUACAAUUGGUGUUAUUACAAAAUUAGAUCUUAUGGAUGAUGGUACUGAUGCAAGAGAUAUUUUGGAAAAUAAAUUAUUACCCCUAAGACGUGGUUAUAUAGGUGUCGUUAACAGAAGUCAAAAAGACAUAGAAGGUCGAAAAGAUAUAAAAAAUGCUCUAGCAGCAGAAAGGAAAUUUUUCUUGAGCCACCCAUCCUACCGACACUUGGCAGAUAGGUUAGGAACACCAUAUUUGCAACGCGUUUUAAAUCAACAAUUAACAAAUCAUAUUAGGGAUACUUUACCAGCAUUAAGAGACAGAUUACAAAAACAGUUGCUUGCACUAGAAAAGGAUGUGGAACAGUACAAACAUUUCAGACCUGAUGAUCCUGCCAUAAAAACUAAAGCUAUGUUACAGAUGAUACAACAGCUUCAGUCAGAUUUUGAAAGAACUAUAGAAGGUUCAGGAUCUGCACAAAUCAAUACAAAUGAGCUCAGUGGAGGUGCUAAAAUAAACAGAUUGUUCCAUGAACGUUUUCCAUUUGAAAUAGUUAAAAUGGAAUUUGAUGAAAAAGAACUGAGAAGAGAAAUUGCUUUUGCUAUUAGGAAUAUUCAUGGUAUCAGGGUAGGUUUGUUUACUCCUGAUAUGGCCUUUGAGGCAAUAGUCAAAAAACAAAUCAAUAGACUCAAAGAACCUAGUCUGAAGUGUGUGGAUUUAGUUGUACAAGAACUUAGUAAUGUUGUACGCAUUUGUACUGACAGGAUGUCACGUUAUCCUAGACUGCGAGAAGAAACGGAACGUAUUAUAACCACUUACGUUAGACAACGAGAACAAUUGUGCAAGGAACAGUUAAUACUUUUGGUUGAUUGUGAACUUGCAUAUAUGAACACAAAUCAUGAAGAUUUUAUUGGUUUUGCCAACGCGGCAGCCAGUAGCCAUAAUGCAAGUGCUCAACAAUCUUCAGAAAAUGCUGUUAAAUCUGGUCGUCAUACAUUAGGAAAUCAAGUAAUACGCAAAGGAUACAUGUGUAUCCACAAUCUCGGUAUAAUGAAAGGUGGUUCAAGAGAUUAUUGGUUUGUCCUAACGUCAGAGAGUAUUUCUUGGUACAAAGAUGAAGAAGAACGUGAGAAGAAGUAUAUGCUACCUUUAGAUGGAUUGAAAUUGCGUGACUUAGAACAAGGGUUCAUGUCCCGACGUCAUUUGUUUGCUUUAUUUAAUCCAGAAGGCAGAAAUGUUUAUAAGGAUUAUAAACAGCUUGAAUUGAGCUGUGAAACUCAAGAUGAUGUUGAUUCAUGGAAAGCUUCUUUCCUCAGGGCUGGUGUAUAUCCCGAAAAAUCAACAGAGCAAGCCAAUGGUGAAGGAGAGGAAGGAUAUGAGGGUGGAUCGGAAGCUCAAUCAUCAAUGGAUCCUCAACUAGAACGUCAAGUAGAGACCAUUAGAAAUCUAGUGGAUUCUUAUAUGAAAAUUGUCACAAAAACAACUCGUGAUUUGGUUCCAAAGACAAUUAUGCAUUUGAUUAUAAACAAUGCAAAGGAUUUCAUUAAUGGAGAGUUACUGGCACAUCUAUACGCAAGUGGUGAUCAGGCUUCAAUGAUGGAAGAAUCGCCCGAAGAAGCACAAAAACGAGAGGAAAUGUUGCGCAUGUAUCAUGCAUGUAAGGAGGCACUUCGUAUUAUUGGAGAUGUUUCGAUGGCGACAGUGUCUACUCCAGUACCACCACCUGUGAAGAAUGAUUGGCUAGCAUCUGGCGAAAAUCCAAGUCUUGGGUUAUCACCACCAUCUCCUGGUGGGCCAAGACGCGGAGUGACACAGCCACCACCUCUUUCUAGUUCUCGAGCCCCACCUCCGGUUCCGUCUGGUGGUCGACCAGCACCGGCUAUUCCUAAUCGACCUGGACCUGGUGGACCUCCGCCUGCUCGUGCCACGCCUGGCCUACCUCCUCCUCUUAUACCAUCGCGCCGACAAUAAGUCAUCGCACUAACUCGCCUAUUCACUACUAAUUAAUAUACAUAUAUACAUAUAUCAAUUGCAUCUAGUCAGUGUAUAUUUUACACGAGAUACAAUUUCCUAAUGCUAUAUGUUUUGUCUGCAAGUAUUAUGAAUUAUUAUUAUUAAUUAGGGGUGUGUAAGUUGUACAAAAAUGAAUAAAAUUGUGAAUAUUUGUAUUAGUUAAAGAUUAAGAAGAGCUUCCAAGAACUUUGACGGGCGAUUUAUCUUAUAUGUAUUACGCAUUAUAUCAGUAAUAUAUCAAAUUAUUUCAUGGUCCAAUUACUUCGUAAGAACGAGCGAGGAAUUAUUAUCCGUAUUGUUUCGUCGUUUUCAUUUUAUUUAACAAAUAUUGUAGAAAUAUGCUGUAAUUUUGUAAUCAUCCUAAACAGAUUUAUACAAUUCCAAUGUAAUGUUACAAAAUUGCACACCUCUAAUUAACAAUCUAAGUGUCUACGAUAUAUUUAAUCGGUACUAAUGAAAAAAAGUAUGUAUAAAUAAAUCACGAUUCAUUCGCGACGAACAGAGAAAAAUGAGGUAGAAUGACAUUUGUUUCAUUGUAAAUUAGUUGAAUGAAAUUGUAAAUUAUAUUUGUAUAUACAACUAAGAACGUUGUAAAAUAAAUGAUCUUGAGUUCUUAUCACAGGUGGUGGAUAAGUAUUCAUUCGCUUUACUAACAGCAUGACAUUUUAAUUGUCGCAUAAAUGAAAUACAUUUUCAAUCGAUUCGCAGAGCGAUAUUUCAAUCGAUGUAAAAAUCUGUAUGAGAGAAUGUGAUACAUGAAUAUAUACGGAAUAAGUUUUGCCAUAACGUAUUGCAUUUGCAUUUGGCAGCUUCUGAAACUCCCUUAAUAUUACUGCUUUCUUGCCAUCGUUGAUUCAAUUAGUAAAAUCACAGAAAAAGCAAGAAAAAUUGAUCUUAAUAUUGUCAACUAUUUUGUCAUUAUGGGGGAUGAACGUGUCGGUGCCUGCAUUGAAAACAUUCUUUCUGUUGAACGAAUAUCAAGCAGUUGAUCGUCAACGCUCUACUAUUCGUUAUCGAAUUCCCGCGUCUGUAGCUUAGUAGAACCACGCGAGAGAUUACACAUACUUCUUAGGACAUUCGAGGAUGCACGAUAUCAGCCUAAAAUGUAGUGCAUCAUGCAGAUAUUAAUUUAAAUUACCAUAUAUUAGUCGAAUUCUCUCUUUAUAUAGUAGCAUACUAUUGAUAAGGCAUUGAAAACAAAUAAGAUUUAUAGUAAAAGCUGAGUGUCCGUGGUGUAUGUUUAGUCGUGGGGGUGGUCUUCAACAGAGGGUGACGCAAGCUGCGACGCAGGCCGCUGCUAAUGCCGCCGUGAACGAGCUGAUGGAAGCAUUCAAGAUCAAGUAAAUACUCUUGCUGCCUCAUAACUCUUUUUUUAUAUGCGAGAUAUCUUGCUCUUUUAACUACAAUAAUGAAUUAUUAUGGGCAAUCUUAUUUAAGUUGCGCUAGAUUGGUAGACUGUUCAGGGUUGAGAAUGAACACUAAUUUGAUGUCUCACUGUUUUCCGAUAGUGUGUUUCGAUAACCAAUUUUUGCGAAUUAUAACCAGCUAUGUUUUUUUAUCUCCUUCGCUCUCUCUCUCUCUCUCUCUCUCUCUUUUUCUCUCCCCCCCCCCCUCUCUCUUGCAUGAUCCGAAAAAUUGGAUUAAUAGCGAUGAUGUUGCCUUCAACGUUAUAUAUCGUUAUUCAACAUACAUAUGUGUGCGAGAUAUAGACAUUAUAUAUACAUAUUGAAAGAAAAGAGAGUGAACGUCCCUGUGCACACGCCAUAGAAAAAAAAUAUACGUGUGUAAGGGAAUACCUCUGUGUAUUUGUAAGACAUGUAAUUCGCUUGGUUACAUUCCAUAUGUAUAUUGUUCUUACUUCGUAAAGUAGUUUAUUGUUAAAAGGAAAUAAAUAUUCUUUCAUGAACUGUAGAAUGAUGACGUGUAUUGUGUAAUCCCAGAAAGCAUAAAAAGCUGUAAGACCUGAUAUAACAUAUAAUUUAUUGUUGUUUCGCUUUGGAUGCUGAUAUCAAGUAUUGAAUACUUGUAUAUACAUAUCUUCUUAUUUAGAGAUAUUUAAAAAAAGAAGUUCAAUUUUUUUAGACUGAUAUAUUUAUAUCUCCAGUGACUCUAUAUCCUGGAAAGUCUACCAGAACCCUACGAUGUGAUCAAAGGUAGUUUCGAUUAGGUGAAAUUCCGAUUCCGAUUGCGAUGUCAACAUUCAUUCCCUGAAUUUGCAUAAAAUAAAAUAAAAAAUGUCAUGCUGUUGGGCAAAAGUUGUCGACAAUUAUUAUUGAAUGUUCGUUUUAUCGCAUCUGUUCGAUCGAUUUUUAAUCGGCGACAACUGCGUUACAAAUAAGUUUUAGUAUCUGUAAUUAUUAAUUGCGUGACUCAAACACAGCCACAUAUAUACACAUACAGAUACACAUUACACACUGUUUCUCUACCUCUUUAGAUGUCACCACAUUUUAUUCCAUUCUUAGCCAUUAAUAUUAAAACUGUCAUAUAGAGUUAUACAUAUAUACAUACAUAGCUAAUCCCUAAUGAAGUAUUAAUGAAAAAAAAAUGUGCUCAGACAUAGGAUGUGAUAUAGCGUAGAGUGCUUCAAGGAUUUUGCAUGAAAAUCCUGAGUCGCGAACUCUCUCCCUCCCUCUGAAUAGUCUUAAUAAAAGAAGAUUAAUACUAAUGAUACCGAAUGAGAAUAAUAAAUAUAUAUUAUAUAUAUACAAUACAAUACUAAUCGUAUGUCGUUAUAAUGUAUAAUGAAUGUAUAUCACUCAGCAUGCGUUCAGGAGCUGUGUUAUAUUUGGAAAAGGUAUUUGUUGUUUCUCAUGCUCCUCGACCGUGUUAAGCAAAUUAAAUCAAUUAUACAUGUACAUAUAUAAGGAAAGGGAAUAUGAUGUAUUCUACUACAUUCUUGUAAUUAAAUCCACGGGGCGCGAUGUGCUUUCGGAUUUGUGUAGUACACAUGUUUGAUGAUCAAGAAUGCUCCUCUCUGUACUAAAUUCGGAAUAUUUAUGUAUAAACUUUUGAAUAAGAUUAUAUAAAAAGGAAACUUAUUGGUAAACAGAAGAAGCAUUUGAUGAUACUUAACUCUUAAAUAACUGCAGAGUCGUUUAUUAGAGAAAUGCUUAAAUUAAAAAUUAUAUUAGCUUUUUACAAAAAUGGCAUAUGUAUUUCAUAUAUUAUUUUCACGAAUUUAUCUUUUACUUUUUUACUUGUUAUAAAUAAUAGAAGUUUCGGUAUCAAUAUUAUCGUAAUUAAUUGUUAAGAAGUUUCGACGCAUUUACCGACAAUGCUAUCACAUUUUGCGUUAUAAUCACUCGACCUAGAGUAAACUUUGUCCCACUUCAACGUCCUUUACAUAUUGAAUUCAUGUAUGUAAAAAUAUUUUUUACGAGCAAAUUAUUCUUCAUUUCAAGAACUAUACCAUGCAAAGAGAAGGAUUAAGUCUGUUACCAGUGACGCGUGAAGUAUCGAGAGCAAUGAUCGAAGUGCCACUAUGACAAAAGAAAAACAAAAGAAGGGAAGAAGAAAAGAGAAUAUGUAUUACUUUUCAUUAGAGCGAAAUGUCGAAGGUUUCUCUUGGACAAAUAGUAACUAUAAAAGAGCGUUGAGGAUGAUUCGCAUGAUUCGCAUUUGCCGCGUCACUAUGUCUUUCGUGUUUGUUCUGAUCGAUCGAAUAAAAAAAGAGACCAUCUCGAUAAUAUUCAUUGAUGUCGUUCCACCAUACAUAUAGAGAUGUAUUUAUUUACGCCAAAUUUACGUAAGAGACGCCAUCUUCUCUUUUCCAAAACUUUGUAAUGUCUAUACAUAUAAAUUGAUAUUUUGGGCUAAAGAAAAUGGCUUUUGGAAAACAAGAUUAGGUGAGGAUCAAACUUACAGUCUGAGUGAAAGCACAUCGCAUUCGCAAAUCGAAUUAUCUAUCGCCUGUUGAUACUGGACACAACCUUUAAUCCGUAAUUUAGAUUAUUCGCUGAGUACUAAUAGAUUGAAUUGUACCGUGUACGUUGUUCUCUAUCAAGGAAAUGAAAAGAAUUACGGGAAGAUAGACACAGACAUACAUAAAAAGAACAAGAAACUCGGAAAAGCGAGCAAUCACAAGUGGUAUUAUUGUAAUGUUAUUGUACAGAUAUAUAUAUAUAUAUAUAUAUAUAUAUAUAUAUAUAUAUAUAUACGUAUAUAUAUAUGUAUGUAUAUAUGUAUAUACGUGUAUAUAUAUAUACACACACACACACACACACACACACAUUGAUCAUUUUAUGCACCGCAAUUCCAGAAUUAAGUAGAUCAUACGUUGAAACCACCGAAGUGAUUGUGAUUACGAUUCACAAAUUGUGAAUACAAUUAUAAUUAUAAUUAUUAUAAUUAUUGUUAUUAUUAACGAUAUCACUAUAUUGUAUACUGUAUAGGAUAAGAAAGAUAACGUUAUUCGUUUCAGUAGCGUGUCAGAUUUUUUGCUCGAUAGAUCGUGAAUUUUUAUUUUCGUAAAGUUACAUACUUUAGCAUGGUUCCUUUAGACACAAGUCUUAUGAGUAUUAAAAAGAUGAUAGAGAUACAAGUAGAUGUACAAGCCUCGUAAGUACGUGGCGUUGCGUUUCAAUAACUCUGGGUAUAUCAAGUAGUAGAAACGUGCAAAGAAAAAUUGUUCUUCAGUAUGUCCAGGUUCUUAUAUGUUCAUCAAUAGUAUUCUGCUGUUCCACCCUUCGAGAUUAUAUUUCAAUUUUUUUACAUCACUUCUUGUACCUUUAUAACUGCAAAACUUUUUGUCUAGUUUGUCGAAUAUGCGUUUUUGGCCUUUGGUAGCAAUAUACGUGUACGUUGAAACUAUUUGUGAAAAUUAGAUGAAAAAGAUUUUUACAUUGACAUUUUAUUUGUGAUUCGUACAAAUUUUGAUUAUUAAUGGCAAUACUCGAUUGGGUGGAAUCUUUAUUUCAAGUAUUACAACGAAAAACGACAAGUGAAGUUGCCAUCAGCGAAUCGUGAAGCAAAGAAUCUUCACGGUUUCCUACUUGAUGCGUCUUUACGUUCGUACCGUCAAUUAACAAUUAAUCGAUUCCUUUGUUUCUAAAGAAGAAAAAAGGAGAAAUCUCCGUACAUUUUAACUUCUACUUCAUGUUGUACGAUCUAUGAUAAAUACAUUUUUGGGGUAUUGGGCCUAAAAUGAGAUCUUUGAGAACAAGCUCGGCUUUCGUGACUAGAUCCAAUGAAAAUAGCGUUAACCGUGUUUAGCGAUUACUCUAUUUAGAGACCGAUUAUGGAUGCAAAAAAAAAGCAAAGAAAUCAUAAGCUCCUUUGUGAACAUAAAAUACAAAUAUUGUUGCCGCACUUUAGCAUUUAAUCGUCCAAUCGAAAGGCGAUCCUGAACGUAUCUACAUUAAAAUUAAUUGAAUACUUUUCAAAAUCAGGUACAAAUUUUGUAACCUAAUAAUUAUAUAAUGCUCGGUUCAAACGUAUAGUAUUAAUUUAUCUAAAUUAAAAAUACUAUUUCUUUGCCAUGUAUGUUUCGAUUGUUUAAUACCAUCCUGUGCUGACAUAAGUACGUUCAGAUCGUCCCACGUUCCAGAGAGAGGAAGAGAAGAGAAUAAAUCGCGCAGGAAAAAACAGAAGAGAGCAGAUCGAUGAACGAGGUUUCAUGACUGCAACACGCAUCCUAUUCACGCGACAGAUUAUAUUGUUACAUGCUUCCAUCGAAAAGCCUUAAAUACAGAGAAAUUCUAGUUAAAAAGGUUACUUUGCGUAAGACGGAUUAUCGAGUAAUAAGCGUGAUUCUAUUGUAUAUCGCGGGCCAAGCGUAAACGUAUACAAUCUUACGUAACAAGAACGUGCGAACGAUGGAAAUGAAUGAUGGUAAAUGAGCGAUAAAGACGAAUAUGUAAUUAAUAAAAAUCGAUGGAAAUACUAUUCGUGGCUGGAUUCGUCACCGACGUUAUUUUCACGUGGUUAAAAUUUAGAUGGACGUCGGAACGAAUCGUAGACAGCAGAUCUCUAAGUAACCCACGUGUUAUCAAUGGAUCAAUCCUUGAUAAAAAUGAUUGGAAAAAUUAAAACCAAAUAUUCAACCUUUCUGAAGAUGUCAAUAGAGCUUACUGCUAGUUUUUAAUUACAUUAGUAAAUUUUUCAUAAUUUUUAUACCUGUUAUACCCCUGAUUUUGAUAGAAAUGAUGUUUUUCUACAUCUCACUACAAGAGGAAGCGAUUGUUCGUUGAACUCGAUCACCGAUAUUCAUCCUCGAACAUUUGUUGUAAAAAAUAUUUCGUAAAUUCAAAACAAGGAGAACAUUGACAAGGGGGGUUACUUAGCAAAUUAUUCUAUGUGGAUUGUGCACCUUACACGAUUCACCAUAUUGUAAUAUCGCGCGAUGGUCGCGUGAUAUUUCUAUACACCGUUUUACUGCAAUAUAAUUGUAUAUAUAGAAAAAAAUAAUAUGUUAUAAAUUCAAAAUGUAUAUCUACAUAUAUACAUACAUACGUACAUAUAGAUAUAUUCAUAUAUGUGCAAAAAUGAAAAUUGGGAGAGAAGCGUGUGUUAUUAUCUGAUGACCGGAAACGCAUUUCCGCUGGGGAAAUUAGUAUCUAAUGAGAUUAGCGUUCAAUUACUGCGGCUGGGUAGUGUUCUUAUUGUGUUGUAACACUUGUGUUUAAUGUGUUGACCACGUUUUUUACAUGUUCCAUUAAUUCUUCUCUGAUUCUCGCUUAAUUCCAUAUACCGUUGCGUGCAAAUAACAAGUAUUAUUUUUGAUAGAGAAUGUGCGAGAUUGUCCUGAUUGUUCCCGCACGCUGGGAUGCGUAUUCGCGUUCUGCGUUAUUGUUUGUUUUCUUUCUCUUCUUUUGUAAUCAAAUCACUGUCCAAUGUCUGCCACCUUUUUAAUAUUUUUUCCCAUAAAAGCAUCCAGGAUCUUACCUCGUGAAGUAUUUUACAUACGAAUCAAUUCAAUUGUAUUUAUCUGUAUCCAAAGGACGUUUGAAAAGAUGCAAUUAAAGUUAAGGUUUAAUUGAAAA